AGAGAAGUUAUAUCAAUUCAUGUUGGUCAAGCUGGUGUCCAGAUUGGAAACGCCUGUUGGGAGCUAUUCUGUCUGGAACAUGGAAUUCAACCAGACGGAUAUCACGUUGAAGAUGAUUCUUACGAUGAAGAAACUGAAACGAUCAACACUUUCUUCGCUGAAACAGCUGGAGGAAAACAUGUUCCACGCUGCCUUUUUGUCGAUUUGGAGCCAACUGUCGUAGAUGAGGUGCGAACCGGAACCUACCGUAGUCUCUUUCAUCCGGAGCAACUACUUUCCGGAAAAGAAGACGCAGCUAAUUGCUAUGCAAGAGGAAGAUAUACGAUUGGAAGAGAGAUGAUUGAUGUGGUUAUGGAUCGUGUGAAACGACUUGCUGAGAACUGUAACGGACUUCAAGGUUUUGUGAUAUUCCACUCUUUUGGAGGAGGAACUGGCUCAGGAUUUCUAUCGCUUUUAAUGGAAAGACUCUCAACUGAAUACGGAAAGAAACCAAAACUCGAGUUUGCCAUCUAUCCAGCACCACAAGUAUCCACUUCAAUGGUUGAACCCUACAAUUCGAUUUUGAUGACUCAUACGACACUGGAACAUUCUGAUUGCACUUUUAUGGUUGACAACGAGGCAAUUUAUGAUAUCUGCAGAAGAAAUCUGGACUUAGCCAGACCAACCUACACAAACUUGAAUCGCCUGGUUGCUCAAAUCAUCAGCUCGAUCACAGCAUCCCUUCGUUUUGAAGGAGCUCUUAAUGUGGAUCUCACCGAAUUCCAGACGAAUCUUGUUCCAUACCCACGUAUUCAUUUCCCACUUGUCACUUAUGCUCCAUUGGUAUCUGCUGAGCGUGCAUCUCAUGAACAGAAUACAGUGGCAGAUAUGACUCAUGCAUGUUUCGAACCUGGAUAUCAAAUGGUAAAAUGUGAUCCAAGGCGUGGAAAGUACAUGGCUGUCUGUCUGCUAUACCGAGGAGACGUCGUUCCAAAAGACAUCAAUUCCGCAAUCGCAUCAGUUAAAACAAAACGGACGGUGCAAUUCGUUGAAUGGUGUCCAACUGGUUUUAAAGUUGGAAUCAAUUAUCAACCGCCGACUGUGGUUCCUGGUGGAGAUUUGGGAAAACAAACAAGAAGUGUUUGCAUGAUAAGUAAUACAACUGCGAUUGCCGAAGCAUGGGCUCGAUUGGAUCAUAAAUUUGAUUUGAUGUAUUCGAAACGUGCAUUUGUGCACUGGUAUGUCGGAGAAGGUAUGGAAGAAGGUGAAUUUUCUGAAGCUCGAGAAGACAUGGCUGCUCUUGAAAAAGACUACGAAGAAAUCGGCGAGGAUGAGCUUCCAGAUGACAUUGAUGAUCAGUCCUAUCGGGGAAGAAGUGCUGCUUCAAGAUAUUAA